AUGGCUCAAGAAAAAGGUUUAAAUGCACUACAGUAUGCAACAUUUGCAGAUGAUUAUGAUGUUUAUGUUGACUAUGGAAGAGGAGGACCAAUUAGAAUGCGUAAUAACGAACAAGUAUUUAUUGAUGUAGAAAAAUUUCUUACUGAACAAACUCGUCUACCAAAAUCGAUUAAUAAUAUAAAAUCAUAUGGUUAUCUGAGCACAAAUGUAUUUAACAAACAUGGAACAAUGAUUAAGAAUAAUGAUCCAUAUGAUUCAAGAAAAACAUACGACGAUACUUUUUCGUCUGAUAUUUCAUCGUAUUCAAAUUAUCGUCAAUAUGAUGAAGAAAAUAAAAAUCGGAAAAGUAAUUCUAGUCAUGUAACCGUAUUUACACCUGAUCGUUCGUAUCGUUAUUCAUCUCGUAUUGAACAAAAAAUAGUCUAUAAUGAAAAUUGGUUAUCAAAAAACGAACACAAUAUACGAGUCGCUGCAUUUAUUGAUCGACUCCAUGAAAAAUGUAUUACAAAUUAUACACAAGUAUCUAACGAGUGCAAGUCAUCACGUUGUAAUAAACUACCUGUUGACGAAAAUAAUCAUAGAAAAGCCAGUGUAGAUAAAACUGAACGAAAUUUAUCAUUACGUAUUGCUGUUAAUGGUGCAUCGAAAUCUUGGCAAGGAAAAUCACCAUUAUUGAAUUCAAAUUUAACGAAUGGUGAUUUUGGUGAUGAUGCUGGAAUGGCGGUUGAAAAUAAAAACUUUUGUUUUGUUGGUCUAGCCGAUGGUGCCGGUGGAAAUCGUUCCUAUGGAAUAAAUCCAGCUGAUUUUUCUCGAGCUAUUUUAUCUGCUUGCGAAAAUAUUAUCAAUCGAAAUAAUUUCAAACCCGAUCAAUUACCACGUUUGAUUAAAUCAGCCAUGGAACAAGUCGAAGCAACAGACGUUCAAGGCAGUAGUACAUUAUGUUUACUUGCGUUGGAUAAACAAGAACGUACAUUAACAUCAUUAAAUAUUGGUGAUAGUGGAUUUGUUAUUUUUCGUGAUAAUGAAUUAUAUUCUCAAUCAACAUGUACGAUGAAUUCAAAUGGAUGUGUACCACGACAACUCUUUGCGUUAAAUGGCCCAAUAAGGUUGCCUUGUUUUCUCAAUGAAAGUCAAAUUUUAAAAGAUGGCUCAUUAGAAACAGUUAAAGUUCGCCAAGGCGAUAUUAUUAUUUUAUCUUCUGAUGGUUUAUGGGAUGUAAUUAAAUCUGAACAAUUAAAACAAAUUAUUGAACGUACUAAAAAUAAAAAUCUACAACAGCUGGCUGAUGAUCUUCUUCAGCAUGCAGUUAAUGGUAUAUUUAGUACGAUGUUUCUAAUUCAAUAUAAUACUUCGUGCGACUUUCUAGGUUAUAUGGCUAAUAGUCGAGAUGAUAUUUUAGUCAUCGUAUGUCGAGUGGAUGAAUCUUAA